UUAAGAAGGCGCCGCCGGGGCCGCGCCCCCCUCUUUCGCUGGUGACCCGUAGAGGCAGCGGGCAAAUCCCGGGCGGGAGCGACCCCCACCGACCAUGGCCGAGGAAGGCAUUGCUGCUGGAGGUGUAAUGGAUGUUAACACCGCCCUGCAAGAAGUGCUGAAGACCGCACUCAUCCACGAUGGUUUAGCUCGUGGUAUUCGUGAAGCUGCCAAAGCCUUGGACAAACGCCAAGCCCACCUUUGUGUUCUUGCUUCAAACUGCGACGAACCCAUGUACGUAAAGUUGGUUGAAGCCCUUUGUGCAGAACACCAGAUCAACUUGAUAAAAGUUGAUGACAACAAGAAACUGGGCGAGUGGGUAGGUCUCUGCAAAAUCGACAGAGAAGGAAAACCCCGCAAAGUAGUGGGCUGCAGUUGUGUGGUUGUCAAAGACUAUGGCAAGGAAUCUCAGGCCAAAGAUGUAAUCGAAGAAUACUUCAAGUGCAAGAAAUGAAUGAAAAAUAAAUUUUGUUAAGCCUGA